GCGCCCGCCUGCUUUCGUACCCGCCCUUUGACUUGAACGUCGACAAAAAGCCUUUCAAAGGGUAAAACAUACUAGGCAUCUAACAAAUGAUCUUUACUGGUGCUCUCUUCGUUCUCGGCUUCGCCAUUUCUGGCGUCACUGCCCAAUCGGGCACGAGCUCUGCGAUUCCUACUGCUGCGCCGUCUGGCAUCACGACCUGUAUCAUCAACUGUAGCACUCAGGCUGCCGCUUCGGGAGGUUGUUCGUCUUUCACCGAGCUGAGCUGCGUCUGCACGAGCACCGCGUUCCAAGAUGCUGCUAGCGCGUGCUUGCAAGCAAACUGCACCUCUGCCGAACAACAAGCCGCUUUACAGCUACAGUCCCAGGAGUGCGCCUCCAUAACUUCCGGUUCGGCGUCCGCCACCGCGACAUCCCCCGCCUCUUCUGCUUCUUCCGUCAUAUCAUCAGCUGUAUCCGGCACAUCCUCCAUCGCUUCCGGUGCCUCUUCUUCGGCUUCGAGUGCAGCUUCGAGUGCGAGUUCGGCGGCGAGCAGCAGUAGUGCGGCUGGUGGGAGGGUCGAGCUGAUUGGUAGGGGUGGGGUUAUGGGCGUUUUAGUUGCGUUUUCGGGGAUAGUAGCUGGGAUGGUUUUGGUUUUGUGAAGGAAAAUAUUGUGAAGGAAAAUGACACAAGGGAAGGGAAGGGAAGGGUUGAUUGGGUGGAGCCCGUGGAAUAUGAUGCCUAUAGCUUCGAUGACUAUACCUGUCGAUGAACUGUCGACGACUGGGUUGCGAGGUGGUGUUAUCCGAGUUUCUCCUCCUCCUCCUCCUCCUCCUCCUCCUCCUCCUCCUCCUCCCUGUGGUUUACUAUACCUUAUGUUGGCUCAUUCUCCCUCGUUCCAGGUAUUAUGAGUCCAAUAAAUUGAGUGAACGAC